AUGGCGACGCAGACGCAGGUGUUGAUUGCCCACACGGGCCAGCGCCUGCAGGUCGAUACCGCUCAGUUCUCAUCCUUAGAUGGUUUCAAGGCGUUGGUUGCCAGGCAAAGCUCUAUACCCGUUCAGAAUAUUGUUGCUCUUACAUCGCAAGGAAAGACCGUCAAGAUCCAGAACAUACAAUCUGAGAAGGAGGUAUAUGUUUAUGAUAUCCGAAUAACUCAAGCUUCUUCGUCUGGCGCUGCUAGCGCUCUUAUCUCCGAGUCCCCCGUGCCUAAACGAUAUACUAUAUCUACUCCCCCGAACUCGAUCGAGAACGCGCAUUCGCUGCAAUCAUGGCAGGAUCUAUUCAAGAGACGUCGCGACUGGACCCUAAAAGUCGUAGAAGACUGCACCAUUAUGGCCGAUGCGGCCCAGGUGCGGUAUAAUGAAAUAGAUGUUAUGCUAAAAUGUCUCGAUGCCGCUGUCGCAAAUCUCGACAGCAGUGUUAAAUUAAUAGAUCCAAAGCACUCGGAACUCAAGAAAUGGGCAACGCCCAUUCAAGAUGAGUAUGCCAAUCUGGUUUCCAAUUGGGAACAAUACCUUGAGCUAGCACGGAGCAUUGCUAUUUCCCCGACGAUGGUGCAUUUUAUGACAGGCCAGGACAUUCGAAAGCCUCGUCAAGCAACGCUAGAGGAUCUCAUUGACCCCGAGCCUACUCGGAAAGCUGGAAAACUCGCCGCCACAUCCCUUCGAAAGUUCAAUAACAAAAUAUCCGAGUUAGACAAGACAGUCGAGAUGAUGUUUGGAGGUUGCGAAGAGUUGAUACAGGAGUUCAAUAAAUUAUUAGAUCGCUCGGUGAUGGGACAUAAACGCGACAGUAUCCAGUUACUAGAAGAUAUCGAGGCUGUUGCAAGAAAGGUCGAUACGGAUUACCAGACCACUCUAUCGUAUACUAAUCAAGCAAAGGAUAUCCCACAGGCUUCAAAAACAGCUGUUAAUCACACGAAACAGCUCUUACCGAGUAUUCAAACCCGAGCUUCUGAGAUGGAUGACAUGCUCCGCUAUGUCACUCAAGCGCGAAACAGCAUUGCUGCUGAAUCUCUCACCUUUAUGCGUAGGAUUGCUGAGAUAACCAGCGUACACCAUAGUGUCAAGACUCAGAUGCACGCAAUAAACCAAGGAGAAGAGGAGAUGACUACCUUCGACUAUCUGCGCCUCAUCCAACAACUCCCUUACAUGUAUGCGUCUUUUGUCGCCGAGGCUAUACGGCGUAGAGAGUGGUCGGAGAAGGUAAAAGCCGAUUCUUCGACGCUGCUUAAUGAAAUGGCUAUAUUCCAAGACGAGGAAUUGAAGAGACGCCGGAAGUGGCAUAAAAUGGUUGGUAGUACUUAUGGCCCAGAGAAGACCGAGAGCAGCGUACUUGGCUUCGAGGUUAACCUUCAUGGUGAUGAUGAAUCUUGGCCUCAGAUGACGAAGCAAGAGCUUGAUGAGUUCUUGACCGUAUUAAGGCGAUAUAAUGCGGAUGCAGGAGUUUUGGGCGAUAUCACCAAGCUAAUAAACGAUCUCACUAAUCCAACAAAGCAGCAGUCGAAACGGCUAAAAGCUUUCAAGAAUGGUAGUGUACACGAAGCAGCUCUUGGGAGAAGCGGUCUGCUUAUUCGCGGAGACGACGAUCUUCUAAGAAGCUUACAAGGAGAUAAGUCCAAACUAGAGAAUAAGUUGAGGACAGCUGAGAGUCGAGUUCGCCGCCUGGAAGAUCUCUUACAUCGCCAAACUCAGGUAUCAAGACCGUCACCUUUGGGUAAUAUCUUUCAACCCCAACAAAACGACUCGACCGGCUCCGUUAAAUCACCCCGCGUGUCCGAUGAUCGGCGACGAUCGAUCGUCUCAGAGGGCAACGAGGCUUUAUAUCAUCGUAUUGCGCAGUUAGAAGGAGACCUCAGUGCUCAGAGAGAACGGUCUGCAGUUUUAGAGAAAGAAGCGAAUGCUCACGCCGACUUGAAAGGCCGUAUGGAUGAAGUGAACUCCACGAAGCAAGAUCUUUUAGGAAAUAUGGAAGCCCUGAAGAGAGAAUUCAUGGAAGAGCGUAAAUCCUUGGAAGACGAAGUCAAGGCGCUGAAGGCCCGCCUCGAGGAGACCGAAGAUGAGAUCGAGCAUUUCGGAGAAUCCAGAGAAAAUGAGAAGUUGACGUACGAUGAGAAACUUCACUCUCUCGAAGCAGAGGUUGAUUGUCUUACUAAAGAGAAGAGGGAUGAUGCUCUAAGGACACAGGGACAAGUCGAGUUUUUGCGUAAUGAAGCCCGAGUUCAGAGAGAACGCAAUGUGUCUCUUGAGAGGGAGUUAAAGGAAUCGCGUGAAAAGGUCAAAGAGCUAAACAAGCGAGCUGAAACUUUCUUUGAUAGUAUGGACACGCAUGCUCGCUCGCUCAGGGAGCUUUACGGCCAGUUAUCUCCAACGGACGACCCUCCUCAAGACUUCGCAGACCUUACAGAUUCCGUCGCGACUAAAUCCAACGAUGUCUUGGCCAGAUUGAAAUCCCUAGAACAAGACAUAUCUCUAACGAAGGCUGAUCUAGAGCGUGCUCAGGCUACUGUCAAAGAUGUAAAAACCGAAUUACACACUGCGAAAGAGAAGCUUUCUAGUGAAGAGAUGAGCUCGGUGCACUUGCGGGAGACAUUGGAUAAGGAGAAGACUAGAAGCGCGACUCUUGAGAUGGAAGUGAACGAAGGGCGAGCGCAACUCAACCAACUCCGAAUGAAGAUGACUGAAGGCGAAACAGGAUCAGAGACACUACGGCAGAAACUAGCAGAUGAGGAAAAGAGAGUCGCAGAGCUAACCGAACAAGUGGCAUCAAAACAAUCCCAAUUAGGUAGCCUUGAAGAGGAAGUCCGAAUGUUCCAGGAGAAGCUACAGGCGUCCGAUACUACACUAGAAGUCCUUAAUAGUCGAUCUGAGGUACGCAACGGUCGCACUAAAGACCUCACCCAGCGGUUAUAUACACAAAAUGAGAGGCUAUGCAGGCUUCUCGAACGCCUUGGGUUCUCCGUCACACGCAAGGAUGGGUCGAUGGCCAUCCAAAAAAUUCCGCGGUCUGAACGGACAUCUCAAAACCCCAACGACUCGUCUGAUCCCGGCUCUUCUAUACGGCGAUCCGUCUCGUUAACAAGUAACCCCCUUGCUGAUAGUGCUGACCUUAAGUUACUAUACUGGAUGAACGCGGAGGACUCGAAUACGGAAGAUGAGCAGUACCAAGCUUUCAUGGCCGGUCCAGGCAACUUUGAUAUUGAUGCCUUUUCUGAAGCCAUGUAUCGUCGCGUUAAGGAAGUGGAGCAUACUGCUCGAAAGAUGACUCGGGACGCCCGUAAUUACAGAGAACGGGCACACGAUGCCGCUAAGGAAGCUCGUGACAAGAUUGCCUUUAGACAAUUCAAAGAAGGCGACCUGGCCUUGUUUCUCCCCACCCGUAAUCAGACGACAGGUGCCUGGGCUGCUUUCAAUGUCGGAUGUCCUCAUUUUUUCUUGCGGGAGCAGGAAGGCCACCGCUUGCGCAGCCGCGAGUGGCUUGUAGCCCGCAUAACCCGUGUUCAAGAGCGAGUAGUCGACUUAUCUAAGAGCUUGCAAUCUACCACUGCUCUUCCAUCAGAGGGUGAAACUGAUUCUGUUAAUACUGGCGACGAAAAUGACAAUCCAUUUGAUUUGUCGGAUGGUCUACGCUGGUGGCUUAUUGAUGCGCACGAAGAUAAACCCGGUGCCCCAUCUACCCCUGGGCUUGGAAAGUCCACCGUCGCCGCAAACACUGUUGCAGCCGUCGCAGAUAUGCACGCACAUGGACGUUUGAGCAAGGGGAAAUCCAAACUGGGCCCUAACGGUGGAAUUGAGGGUGUCAGUAGAACCCUCAGCAAGAGUCUCGAGAGCAGGCGUAGCAGUUCAGGCUCUAAGAAGGCCCAGCCUCUUGCUGGGGUCGUCGCCGCAAAAGGCAGUGCGCUAGCUAGCGAGACAAACAGUAUCACAAGUCCAACAGUUGGGCCGGGGGGCGCAGGGCUAAGUGGAACGCAGCAAGAAUCAACAGGGGACAGGCAAACUGCCGCAGAUAAAGGCGAGCAAACCGAGGUGCGGCGCGAUAAUUAA